CGGGGCCGCGCCUGCAGCUGCGGUCGGCGAGCCGGGGCCGGGCACGGGCCGGCGACCGGGGGCGGAGGGCGGGUGAGGGUGGCCGAGGGCUCGCGUCGGGACCGAGCCGGGAGCUGCGGAGACCUGGCCGGCGGCGUCUCAGGGCGCGAUGCGCUGAGCGCCGAGGGGCCGCGCGCGGGGCCCAUGGAGCCGGCGGGCACCGGGCGGCGCUGGCCGGGGCCGCCCGCGCCGCUGCUGCUUCUGCUGCUCCUGCAGGUAGCGGGGCCCGCGGGCGCCCUGGCCGAGACCCUGCCGGACGCCAGGGCCGUGGGCACCAGCGCCAGCCCGCCCAGCCCCGCGAGCGUGGUGGCUCCGGGGACGACGCCGCUGGAGGAGAGCCGGCUGCCCGUGUUCACCCUGGACUACCCGCACGUGCAGAUCCCCUUCGAGAUCACCCUGUGGAUCCUGCUCGCCUCCCUGGCCAAGAUUGGCUUCCACCUCUACCACAAGCUGCCCACAAUCGUGCCCGAGAGCUGCCUCCUCAUCAUGGUCGGCCUUCUGCUCGGGGGCAUUAUCUUUGGUGUCGACGAGAAGUCGCCUCCCGCCAUGAAGACAGACGUGUUCUUCCUGUACCUCCUGCCCCCCAUCGUGCUGGACGCGGGCUACUUCAUGCCCACCCGCCCAUUCUUCGAGAACAUCGGCACCAUCUUCUGGUACGCCGUGGUGGGCACGCUGUGGAACUCCAUCGGCAUCGGCGUGUCCUUGUUCGGCAUCUGCCAGAUUGAAGCCUUCGGCCUGAGCGACAUCACUUUGCUGCAGAACCUGCUCUUCGGCAGCCUGAUCUCCGCCGUGGACCCUGUGGCCGUGCUCGCUGUCUUCGAGAACAUUCACGUCAACGAGCAGCUCUACAUCCUGGUCUUCGGGGAGUCCCUGCUGAACGACGCGGUGACAGUGGUCCUGUACAACCUGUUCAAGUCCUUCUGCCAGAUGAAGACCAUUGAGACUGUUGACGUGUUUGCCGGGAUUGCCAACUUCUUUGUUGUGGGCAUCGGCGGCAUGUUGAUCGGCAUCUUCCUGGGAUUCAUAGCGGCAUUUACCACGCGGUUCACACACAACAUACGGGUGAUCGAGCCACUCUUUGUCUUCCUGUACAGUUACUUGUCCUAUAUCACAGCCGAAAUGUUUCACCUCUCAGGCAUCAUGGCAAUCACCACUUGUGCAAUGACUAUGAACAAGUAUGUGGAAGAAAAUGUAUCUCAGAAAUCCUACACGACCAUCAAGUACUUCAUGAAGAUGUUGAGCAGUGUCAGCGAGACCCUGAUCUUCAUCUUCAUGGGCGUGUCCACCGUGGGGAAGAACCACGAGUGGAACUGGGCCUUCGUCAGCUUCACGCUGGCCUUCUGCCUGGUCUGGAGAGCCCUGGGUGUCUUUGUCCUGACUCAGGCCAUUAACUGGUUCCGGACAAUUCCCCUGACCUUUAAGGACCAGUUCAUCAUUGCCUAUGGAGGGCUCCGAGGGGCCAUCUGCUUUGCGCUGGUGUUUCUCCUUCCCGCCGCUGUGUUUCCCCGGAAAAAGCUCUUCAUUACGGCUGCAAUCGUCGUCAUAUUCUUCACUGUCUUCAUUCUGGGAAUAACCAUUCGGCCACUAGUGGAGUUUCUUGAUGUUAAAAAGGCCAAUAAGAAGCAGCAGGCCGUGAGUGAGGAGAUCCACAGCCGGUUUUUUGACCAUGUGAAGACUGGGAUUGAAGACGUCUGUGGACACUGGGGCCACAAUUUUUGGAGAGACAAGUUUAAAAAGUUUGAUGACAAAUACCUGCGGAAGCUCUUGAUUCGGGAAAACCAGCCCAAGUCGAGCAUCGUGUCCUUGUAUAAAAAGCUGGAGAUCAAGCACGCCAUCGAGAUGGCGGAGACCGGGCUGAGGAGCGCGGGGCCUUCCUUUGCGUCUCUGAAUGACUGUCAUGAAGAAAAAAUAAGGAAGCUUACACCUGGUGAAAUGGAUGAAAUUCGAGAAAUAUUAUCAAGAAAUCUCUAUCAAAUCCGCCAGCGAACUUUGUCAUACAACAGACACAAUCUGACGGCCGACACAAGUGAGAGACAAGCCAAGGAGAUUCUCAUCCGCCGAAGGCACAGUUUGCGCGAGAGCAUUCGGAAAGACAGCAGCCUGAGUCGGGAGCGCAGGGCUUCCAUGUCAGCCUCCCGAUACCUGUCCUUACCCAAAAAUACGAAGCUUCCAGAAAAGCUACAAAAGAAAAGGAAUGUUUCUAAUGCAGGUGGCAACAGCAGUGACUCGGACGCAGAUGCCGGGACCACUGUCCUCAACUUGAAGCCCCGCGCGAGGCGCUUCUUGCCGGAGCAGUUCUCACAGAAGGCGGCCCAGGCCUGCAGGAUGGAGUGGAAGAACGAGGUGGACGUCGAGGCGGCCCAGCAGCCCUGCACCCCAGCACCCCACCGCAGGGAGGGGGCCACGCAGACCCCGGGCGCGCUGCGGCAGCCCCUGCUCCCCCAUGGCCAGCUAGGCCCCGGGCAGGAGGGCCCCACGACUGAGAGCCAGCGACCCAGGCCGCCCCCCAGGCUGGUGCGAAGGGCCUCGGAGCCUGGAGGCCACAAAGCUCGCUGGGGGAGUGAGCGGCCCUAGCGGGAAAGGCCUGGGCAGCCAGCACCACUGUCACUGCUCCAAACAGACGCAGAGACCCAGGUCACCCUCCAGGCCUCAUCCUCUCCUGGAGAGUGGAGUCACGCCCUUGAUUAACGAGCCGAUUGCCUAUCCUGAGAAGUGGAAAGUCAACAAGAAAAAGUCCGGUGAAAUGUCUUUUAUGAGUUGCGAGCAGUUGUAGUCUUUGCAGAGCUGAGUAAAAAAAUGUGUGCCUUCAUUGAACUUGAAUGACUGAACUUGACAUUUUUAGCACACCCUUGUCGGUGAAAAUUUUAAUAUAUGCAUAUGCCUCAAAUUUUAUUUAUGAAAAAGUAUGUUUAUCUGUGGUCAGUUUUUAAGUGAAUGGCCCUAAAAAUACUCUGAAGAUCUUCCCGAAGCGUAGCGGCGGCUCCUGUGGCCAGUGCUCCUGAUGGCCAGCACUCCUGGUGGCCGGCGCUCCUGGUGGCCAUGGCUCCUGAUGGCCGUGGCUCCUGGUGGCCGGGGCUCCUGAUGGCUGUGGCUCCUGGUGGCCAGGGCUCCUGGUGGCCAGCACUCCUGGUGGCCGUGGCUCCUGGUGGCCGGGGCUCCUGGUGGCCAGGGCUCCUGAUGGCCGGCACUCCUGAUGGCCGGGGGCUCCUGAUGGCCGGGGGCUCCUGGUGGCCAGGGCUCCUGGUGGCCGGGGCUCCUGAUGGCCAGCACUCCUAAUGGCCAUGGCUCCUGGUGGCCGUGGCUCCUUUUGGCCGGCUCUCCUGGUGGCCGGCACUCCUGGUGGCUGGAGUUCCUCGUGGCCGGGGGCUCUUGGUGGCUGGGCUUUCUGGUGGCUGGGGGCUCCUGGUGGCUGGGUGUUCCUGGUGGCCGGGGGCUCUUGGUGGCUGGGAUUCC